CGCAGCAAACGCAAGUGCUGCGGCAACAGACUGGUGUUUCCCCAAGCAGUGAGGACAGAGGGGAACUGUGGAGAGGAUUUAUACCAAUGUCUCUUGAGAAAAUAACAUUAUAGUCUCCAAACAUGACUUCAGUUUGGAAGAGACUUCAGCGUGUCGGCAAGAAAGCCUCGAAAUUCCAGUUUGCGGCGACUUUUCAAGAACUGACGGUAGAAUGCACGAAGAAAUGGUAAGUGAACAUAAUUUACAUUUUAGUCAUUUAGCAUACGCUCUUAGGCUUAUCCACAGCAAAUUACAGAAGCAAUUAGGGGUAAGUGCCUUGAUCAAGGGCACAUCGAUAGGUUUUUCACGUAGUCAGAUCGAGGAUUCGAUCCAGCGACCUUUCGGUUACUGUCCCAACGCUCUUAAGAGCAAGGCUACCUGCCACCCUUUACUGGAUUUAGCCUUGAUAAAGUUGUCAUGUAUGAACCGAUAAAACACAACCUCGUGGGGUUUGAAACUUUUGUCACCUUGUCCUUCAUUUCCUGUCCCCUGCUUGAGAUGUCAUUUAAUCAGGUCAUACUUUCAGAUUCAUAUUUGGUUUGUGUGCAAUGCGCAAUGAUAUGUUUGUUGUCCGUUUAUUACUGCUAUCACAUUGACUCCCCC